AUAAUGUACUUGAAAAACAUUACACAUAAACUGAAACAGUAAACUGAACUAAAGACCUCAAAAACGACGUCGUUGAAAUGGUCAUUUCUCUGCGAACAAAAAAGUAGGAAAACCAAACCCAAAAAAACAUCUCAACAAACUCAAAGCAGCUUCUUCCAAGAUCUGAUCAGAUCUAUUCAAGCUCUCCUUCUUCCUCUCUCUCUUUCCCAUUUUCUUUCUCUCUCUAACUCUUUCUCUCUCCAAUUCACCGAUCAAUUUCUCCGUUUCCGAUAUUUCUUUCACCAUCGCCGCCGGUUAGGGUUUCUUCAACUUCUUCUCGAAAUGCGCGGGAUCGAGACACACGGUUCGUGAACAACACUCGCCUUCAAUUUCCUCAAGUGCAUGAAUCUUUGGUGUUGUCUAUGCUUCAACCAAAAGGAAAAAGAAGAAGAAGAGGAAAGGUGUAAUAUCGUUGGACCUAUGAACAACGACGAGGACAACUUCGGAAACGUUUUUGAUGAUGAAGAAGGUGAAGACAUAAAUUAUGACGCCAGAUUUAUUGACUAUGGGAGAGAUGCGUUUGGUUUGUGGCACUCGGAAGGAGAAAGUAGCUCUGUAAACGCCGCUGUAGCUCCGGGGAGUCCUGUCGCUGAUGAGAGCCGCGAUUCGUCUCACAAGCGCGCUAAGUUCUACAAUGAGUGUCACUUUGAUGACCCAACAUCGUCUAGUAAAGUGAAAUAUUCUAUGGAUUAUGGAGAUUUUGAUGCUUCUCUCCGACCUAGUCAUGUCAAUUGUUAUGGAGAUUUUGCAUUGGUGUGUACUGGUGAGGAUGGUAACGGUGUGGAAGACAGGGAAGGGAAUGAUAGCGACAGUUCACAACUAGAAGAACAAGAGGUUGUCAGGAUGGAUCUUACGGAUGACCUGUUGCAUAUGGUUUUCUCAUUUCUGGAUCAGACCAAUCUCUGCAGAGCUGCCAGAGUUUGUAAGCAGUGGCGAGCUGCUAGUACUCAUGAAGAUUUCUGGAAGAAUUUGAAUUUUGAAAAUCGGGACAUAUCUGAAGAACAAUUUGAGGACAUGUGUAGACGUUAUCCAAAUGCUACAGCAUUGAGCAUAUCAGGACCUGCUAUUUAUUUGUUGGUCAUGAAGGCUAUCUCUUUGUUAAGGAAUCUUGAGGUUCUGACAUUAGGAAGAGGACAGAUAGGGGAUGCUUUUUUUCUUGCUCUACCCGAUUGUUCUAUGUUGAGAAAAUUGAAUAUCAAUGACUCUACACUUGGCAAUAGUAUUCAGGAGAUAUCUGUCGUUCAUGAGAAAUUGUGUCAUCUUGAAUUAACAAAAUGUCGUGUCAUGCGAAUACAAGUCAGGUGCCCACAACUUAAAACUUUGUCGUUGAAGCGCAGUAACAUGGCACAAGUUGUUCUUAAUUGCCCUCUGUUGCAUGAACUUGAUAUAGGCUCUUGCCACAAACUUCCUGAUGCUGCUAUUCGAGCUGCUGCAACUUCAUGCCCUCAAUUGGUGUCGCUGGACAUGCGGAAUUGUUCUUGUGUCAGCGAUGAAACACUCCGUGAAAUAGCACAGCACUGUCCUAAUCUUGGUUUUCUUGAUGCUUCAUACUGCCCAAACAUAUCUUUGGAGUCUGUUCGACUCCCAAUGUUGACAAUUCUAAGGCUUCAUAGCUGUGAGGGCAUCACUUCUGCGUCAAUGGCAGCAAUAGCUCAUAGUUCUAUGUUGGAGGUUUUGGAACUUGACAAUUGCAGUCUAUUGACUUCAGUGUCAUUGGAUCUUCCGCGUUUGCAAAAUAUUAGAUUGGUGUACUGUCGCAAAUUAGCAGAUUUGAACUUGAGGGCUAUAUCGCUUUCUUCUAUACAAGUGUCUAACUGCUCUGUACUCCACAGGAUCAAUAUCACUUCAAAUUCACUUCAAAAAUUAGCAUUGCAAAAGCAGGAUAGCUUAACUACAUUAGCACUGCUAUGCCAAUCUUUACAAGAAGUGGACCUCUCUGAGUGUGAAUCUUUGACAAAUUCUAUAUGUGAUGUUUUUAGUAAUGGUGGAGGAUGCCCGAUGUUAAAAUCACUAGUUCUUGAUAAUUGUGAGAGCUUGACUUCAGUUCGCUUCACCAGCACAUCGUUAAUCAGUCUUUCCCUUGGUGGUUGCCGAGCAAUUACUACUCUUGAGCUAACCUGCCCUAAUCUUGAGAAGGUCAUUUUAGAUGGUUGUGAUCAUUUGGAAAAUGCAUCAUUUUGCCCUGUUGGUCUUCAAUCUCUAAAUUUAGGAAUAUGCCCAAAGUUAAACAUACUCCGCAUUGAAGCGAUGCUAAUGGUCUCACUUGAGUUAAAAGGAUGUGGCGGUCUGUCUGAAGCAUCCCUUAAUUGUCCUCUCUUGACAUCUCUUGAUGCUUCCUUUUGCAGUCAACUCACUGAUGAUUGCUUGUCUGCUACCACCCGUGCAUGUCCACUAAUUGAGUCAUUAAUAUUGAUGUCAUGCCCGUCGAUCGGGUUAGAUGGACUCUGUUCCCUGCAGUGGCUCCCAAAUUUAGCUCUUCUUGACUUAUCAUACACUUUCUUGGUGAAUCUGCAGCCUGUUUUUGACUCUUGUUCACAGCUAAAGGUAUUAAAGUUGCAGGCAUGCAAAUUUCUCACUGACUCAUCACUUGAACCUCUUUACAAGGGGGGUGCUUUACCAGCUCUUCAGGAGUUGGACUUGUCUUAUGGAACUUUGUGUCAGAAGGCCAUAGAAGAGCUUCUUUCUUGCUGCACUCACCUUACACGUGUGAGUUUGAAUGGCUGUGUGAAUAUGCAUGAUUUAAACUGGGGGUACAGUCGAGGGAAUUUUCCUGAGUUACCUGGCGUAAGUGUCCUAUCCAUUGCAAGUUCCUAUGAAAAUAUCCACGUGUCAAGCGAGCAACCCACCCGAUUACUUCAGAACCUCAAUUGUGUGGGUUGUCCUAACAUUAGGAAGGUUUUCAUCCCAUCAACAGCACACUGUUCCCAUUUACUAUUUUUAAACCUUUCUCUGUCCGCUAAUUUGAAGGAGGUUGAUGUAGCUUGUCUCAACCUAUGCUGGCUUAAUUUAAGCCACUGUUCUUCAUUGGAAGUUUUGAAGCUAGAGUGUCCAAGAUUGACCAAUCUAUUCCUUCAGUCUUGCAACAUUGACGAGGGAGCUGUUGAGGCUGCUAUUUCAAAGUGCACUUUGUUGGAGACUCUUGACGUUCGCUUUUGUCCUAAGAUAAGCUCAACGAGCAUGGUAAGAUUUCGUGCUGCAUGUUCUGGUUUGAAACGUAUAUACAGCAGCCUUGCAACUUCAUCAGCGUGAUUUAGGAUCUAAGAAGUUUUGCGGUGCUUGUUCACUCGGAGAGAUGGCACACUUUUGGCAAUAAAUCUGGUUAUUUCCUAAUGUAUUGUAAAUGUUUAACUUAUUAUUGUUGUGUGUUUGGCAGGCUAUCUUCAUGCAUUGCCACAAUAAGUUAUGGCUGUUCUAAUUGUUGUAAAUUUAUAUUCCAAUUUGUUGUUGCAUAUUUUAUUCUGAAGUGGUCUGUCUUGCCUUUCUCUUGUGAAGAAUAGGUGUAUGUCUGAUCCUUUCAUGUGCAUUUUAUGUUGUAAUUUUUGUACUAACUGAUGCGGCAUAUUGACAGUUGUAUUUUUAUAUUGCAAGUUUCUUUGACAUCAA